CUCCAGGCUCCGUCACAGCAGCAUACUUUCACUAUUACUCUUUUGUCUUAGCCGGCCGUUUCCGUAGGUUAUGUAUGGAGCAAGUGAGCGCUGAACGUUGGAUUUAAUGUGUGCGUGUAAGAGAGAGAGACAGAGGGAGAGGACUGUAGAUAGACUGUUUGACAUUUGUGUUUAUGUGUCUGCUUUGCACUCUGUCAACGUUUGCAUGCUAUUGGCUUACUGAGAGUGUGCAUAUGUAUAUUCCUGUGUGCCUUUCCACUUGAGAGAUGGAAAGUGCGCCACAUGUCUGUUUAUAUUAACUUUCUGCUGUUGAAUGUGACCACUCACUCUCUCACACCUUUUCCUUUUUCCUUUCUCUCUCUGUCAUUGGGGGUUUACACCUUUCUGAUUACUUCUCUGCUGUCCCCCAUUUUUCUGUUUAUCCUUCCCACUGACUCAAUCCCGCUCACUCAAAACAUGCCACUUUGUUUCUGUCUCUACCUCUACCCUCCCUUCUUUUUCCCGCCUUCGUCACCUCACCCCCCCAUCCUCCCUCUUGCAGGUUGUAAAAUGGAUUCUCCUCAGUCAGAGUUAUCAGGGGAAGGGCAGAAAGCGGAAGAGAAUAGAGCCCAAAGUGAACUACAGAGAGGUGACGUCGGAGCAACUAGUGAUGCUUUUGGAGCUUCUCCUCGAAGAAGAGGAGCUAAGCGUGGAAACGAUGCGAGCUCUGCAGAGAACUUACAACCUGCAGGAUCAAGACGCUGAGGUCCGACAUCGCUGGUGUGAACUGGUGGUCAAACAUGCGUACACUCAGGCGUACAGAGACGUGGAACACUUCCUGGUUCAUGACCAAGCCAUGGGUGUGUAUCUGUACGGGGAGUUGAUGGUUCAGGAGGACCCUGAGCAGCAGGCUCUGGCCUGUCGCUGCCUCUCAUUGGUCCAGGAAGAAAUGGACCAAUCGGCACGCAGAGUGGUGGAGGAGAUGGUCCUAUGAUGGUCCUACAUUGGAGGUUGCCGACUACAGAUGGAGAUGAAAGGAGUUUGGCACACGGGGUGUACCGGGUUUCAGCGCUCACCUCCUCUUCCUCUGUAGCAGAGAGGACGUUGCAGAAUUGCCCGGCGGUGUGAACACCAGAAGGCUGUGCUCUUACGCUACAGCCAAGGCCAACUGGCAAGUUUUAGAGGAGUUCUGUUCAUUCAAGUCUAAAGACCAGUGUGUGUGAACCAACAACGAAACAAGCUGUUCCUAGAGAACUACAAUGUUGUUAAACUACAUUAUUGCUGUGGUAAGCGGGAAAAAUUACAUCAUGUCGCAGAUUUUGAAAUGAUAGAUAAUGAGAAAAGAGACAUAUGUCAUAGAGAAAAGACACUGCACCUUUAUCUAUGUUUAAGAGCUGAACCUGCUGUGUUUAAGUUAGUUCGUGUGUGGCUGUGUAGGUGUGAGUUCAUGUCUGUUUAGUCUGAAGUCAUGAUCUGGUUCUUAAGAGUUUAGACUGGAAAUACUCAGGUGAGUCAUGUUUUUAUACAUAACAAAUUACUUCACUCUGGCCUGUAACAACACUGGAAAAUAUACAACAGAGGACGCUCGGGGCAUUUCUAUACGUAAACGAUGGUUUUCUAACUGCUGUGCAGACAAAUAAUUUUUUUACUGCAUAUAAUUUUAAGUGAAAUCUUUGAUAUGUUCAUGUUAAAAUAAAAUGAUGUUUCCUUAAAAUACA